CAGUGACAAGUCCCGGCGCAGAUACUGGAUAUGCCCACUCCUUCGUAGUAGAGGUGAAGAAGGAGAGUUUCACACCCUCGUAUGGGAUAUGAGGGAAAAGGACAUACAGAAGUUCUGUAUAUAUUUUCGAAUGACAACGCAGAGAUAUGAUGAAUUAUUGUCAAUGAUUGCUCCGCACAUCACGAAACAGACGACAAAAUUUAGAAUACCAGUCACUCCAGAGGAACAACUUGCCAUGACACUCAGAUAUUUCGCUCAUGGAGACACACAGCAAAUGAUUGCAUUGAGUUACCAUGCUGGACGAUCAACUGCAUGCAGGAUUAUUCGUAAGACCUGCCAAACACUAUGGAAUGUCCUGCAGCCUAAGUUUCUUCCAAAACCAACAAUGGACGAUUGGUUAAGCAUUGCUUACGAUUUUCAUACAAAGUGGCAGUUCCCAAACUGUGUAGGGGCUAUCGACGGCAAACAUGUCGUAAUGCAGUGCCCCGCAAAUUCUGGAUCAGAAUACUUCAAUUAUAAAUGGACCCACAGUGUGGUGUUAAUGGCGGCAUGUGAUGACAAUUACAAGUUUACGUGGGUGGACAUUGGAGCUGCAGGAAGAGACAGUGAUGGGGGCAUUUUUGGUUGCACAGAAUUUGGAAAUCGCCUCAUGAAGCUAACAUUAAACUUGCCUCCGCCAUCUGUGCUGCCUGGUACUGACGUCGUCCUGCCACAUGUAUUUGUUGCAGACGAAGCUUUCCCUCUGACACCAAACAUCAUGCGACCAUAUGCAGGCCGAUCGAAGGACGCCCUAUCACCUUGUGAGACAAUUUUUAAUUACCGUCUGUGCCGGGCACGCAGGUUAAUUGAAAAUACGUUCGGCAUUUUGACAACGAAAUGGUGAAUAUUUCGCCGUGCUAUAACGGCUGACGUAGAAACAGUGAAACUAAUUAUUAUGGCAACCGUGGCCCUUCACAAUUACUUGAAAGACUGCGACCAAUUGGAACGUUCAUCCAGCAGAUUGUACUGUUCACCUGUAGUUGUAGAUAGUGAAAAUGGCGUUUAAGAAAAUACAUGGCACCUGGCGUCAAGGUGUAUCGCAAGAGGAUGCAAUUAGAGAUGUUCGAUCUUUUGGGAAAAGAAAUUAGACCAGAGUAUCAGAAGCUGUACGCACUGCCUACAGAGGCUACUUUAAUAGCGAUGCUGGGAAGACCAGCUGGCAAGCAGGUGUUGUUACUCUUGGCUGUA